UAUAUAUUUUCAGGUUUUUCAACUAUCAUCGCUAAAACGUAUUUUUUGAUUUGUUGCAGACCUAGUGGUGAUUUUCUUUAGAAAAAUAUAUUUGCAUUGUGGAAAAUGGCUCGCUCGAAAAAUCGUUCGGAGUCUGGCGAUUCGGAUAAAGCUGAAAAGAAACAGCGCGGACGCGAGAAAGAACGCAAGAAGCGUAGCUCUAGCAGCAGCGAUAGCAGCUCAUCGGACAGCAGCUCGUCACGCAGUAGUUCUGGUUCACGUUCCAGCUCCUCCAGCAGCUCGUCUUCAUCUUCCAGCUCGUCGUCCUCAUCGAGUAGCGGAGCUGAACGAUCGCGGCCCAAGCGGAAAACUGCAACCAGAUCUCGCUCGCGUAGUGCCAGUCCGCCUGCAAAGGAACCUCCAAAGGAUAUCAAACCUAUUCUACCGAAAAUAAAAGAACGUAAUGACCGACGCACUCCAGAGCGUGAUAAUGACAACAAAGAAAACAAACAGAUUAAACCGACGAGUCCGCAAGAUCGAGCAGCUAAGGAUGCCCGUAGCCGUCGAUCCCGUUCAGGAUCUUCGAAGCGUAGAAGGAAGGAACGUUCCGUCACCCCACGUCCCACACGGAUACAUGUCGGUCGAUUGACAAGAAAUGUUACUAAAGACCAUAUUCUAGAAAUUUUCAGCACCUACGGUGAAAUCCGUAACGUAGAUUUUCCGACAGAUCGUUUUCAACCGUUUACUCGUGGCUACUGUUACAUAGAUUUCGCCAACCCAGACGGAGCCGAAAACGCAUUGAAACAUAUGGCCGGCGGGCAGGUGGAUGGCCAGGAAAUAACUGCCGUCGCCGUGUUGGUGCAGAAAACACGUCCCCCGAUCCGUCGUCCAUCGCCGAUUAUGAGAAACAAUAGGCCGCCUCCCCGUUGGCGGGCAUCUCCGAUGCGCUACAGACGUCGCGAUCCGAUGCGACGCAACAGCCCCCGGCGUCGACGUUCCCGCAGCCCAAUCAGAAGGCGACGUCACAGCAACAGCUCGGAUAGCUCUCGCUAAACCACCGGAACCGGUCAUUUGCUUUCGUGUGGGUUUCGAUGAGUUUUUUUUAUUGAUUGCUAUUAAUAAUAUUUCUUAGAUGAAUAGGAAUUAUAUUGCACUUGAUUGACGGAAAGUCUUUUUUGUCUUUGUCACUUUUGAGUAGGAAACCCCGCGUUUGCGGGGUAAUAAUCUGAAGGAUAAAUGAAAAAUAUUGUUUAAUAAAGCAUACAGCCCGAUCACAUUCAAUUACUAAUAAAGCUUCACUA